AAAUUUCAUUUCCUGAAUUCAGAGCCCUUUCUUCAACGCUCAUAUUUCAGCUCACUGCUCUGCAAUUCCAGUCUCCAUUAAUUCCACAGCUUCCAAUUUCACCGUAUUGAAUAACCUAUCAUUGUCCGCUCAAUUUCACUUUUCCCGUGGAGUUUGGGUUCCUGAGCUUCCAAUUAGGAGCCCGGAUUAUAGCAUGGUUGCAUCGAAUCGGCGUUCCUGAAAUAAUUGGUGGAUCGCUGCUUUGAAUUUCGCAGAUCUGGGUUAAUCAGAUAUGUAUCAGCGCAAGGGUGUUCCUAGUUGAAACUUAGUUUACAGCAAUCCAAUUGUUUGAAGUCCGCUGUUAGACUGUGUUGAUUGCACAAUGGAUCCUAUCAGUGGAUCUAACAGUGGGAGCAAUAAUCAAAAUUUGGCCUCUAAGCAGCGGCUCCGUUGGACACACGAGCUUCAUGAACGGUUUGUUGAUGCUGUAGCGCAGCUUGGCGGCCCAGAUCGAGCUACUCCUAAAGGUGUUCUCAGAGUUAUGGGAGUUCAAGGGCUAACAAUUUAUCAUGUAAAAAGCCACUUGCAGAAGUACCGGCUGGCUAAGUAUCUUCCAGAUUCUUCUUCUGAUGGGAAAAAAGCUGAUAAGAAAGAAUCAGGCGACAUGCUUCCCGGUUUAGAUGGUUCAUCUGGAAUGCAAAUAACUGAAGCGCUCAAACUGCAAAUGGAGGUCCAAAAGCGACUGCAUGAGCAAUUAGAGGUGCAAAGACAGCUACAGUUACGCAUCGAAGCCCAAGGAAAGUACUUAAAAAAAAUUAUUGAAGAACAGCAGCGCAUCAGUGGAGUUCUUUCAGAAGCGCCUGGAUCAGGGGCCUCCGCUCCUCAGACAGAUGAUGUUUGCCCAGAAUCUGAUAACAAAACUGAUCCCACAACCCCGCCUCCAACAUCUGAAUCGCCUUUUGUGGAGCCUGCCAAUGAACAUGCUUCUGCAAAGAGUUUUUCUCUGGAUGAAUCCUUGUCCUCUCAUCACGAGCCUCAGACCCCUGAUUCUGGCUGUCAUGGAACUUCACCAGUCGAGGAGGGCCCUAAUGGGAGACCUGUGAAGAGGAAACGCGGGAGCAGUGAUGUGGAGUUCACCAAGCAAGAAAUGACCAUCUCCCAUUCAAUACUGGAGUCGAGCUUGAACUCUCCAUACCAACAGCAGCAUCCCCUCUUCUUAACAAGUGGGCAGUUUGAUCAUUCAUCCGGACUACCCAUUGGCAAUGAAAACCAAUUGGAAAAGCUCUCUGGUAAUAUGUGAUUCGUUUGAACGAAUUACAUAUUACUCGGCUUUAGUUGUCAGUUGUCACCAUGUAUCUCUAGUGUCUAAUAGUGUAAUAUUCAUAUAACUGCAUUAUGAACCACGCUAGUAUUUAGAUUGUAAGCAGAGAGUUAGGUUUAGAUGUGUCAAUUUGACUACACACUUGAAACUUUGAUUCUAAGUGGUUGAGAGUGUUCAUUUAAUCUUCA